CAAGGAAAUUCGCCAGGUCAAAUGGCCUAAACAAAAGAUUUGGCAAGAUUGUUCUUAUGGAUGAAGAAGGAAGAUCGUGGCCUGCGAAUUUAGGGCAAAAGAACGACGGCCAAGCUUACAUUGGACAGGGUUGGACUGCAUUCCGCAAUGCAAAUAAGCUGAAGCCAGGAGAUUCUUUCAUGUUUGAGCUCACUAAGAAAGGGAAGAAGCCUCUACUGAUUAUGAGAUGGAAAACAAAUACUAAGACGAAAAGUGAGCGGUGGACAGAUGCUCCCUUCUUCUAUGCCAUGUUCAGGGCAUCAUCCCUUGAAAGCUAUUGGCUGAAAUUUCCAAGAGAUUUUGUAAAUAAAAAUGAUAUAAUUAGCAAAUGCUCAAAGAUGAUCCUUACAAACGAAGGAGGAAGGUCAUGGACUGUGUCAGUGGGGAGAAAUAACAGUGGUGAAGUUAGUUUAAGGAGUGGCUGGAAUGUAUUUGCCCAGGCCAAUGGCUUAAAAGAGGGAGAUGUUUUCAUGUUGGAGCUUAUUAAGAAAGGAAAGAGCCCUGCAAUGAAAUUUUAUGGUAAUUAA